CAGACGAGCUGACAGACAUUCUUCUCUUGGUUUUCUUGGGACGGAACUCAAUAUUAAUUGUCUCCACCCAAAGUGCUUGCUUUUACGAGAAUGAUGCGACGACGACAGGCUUCAUGACAUCCCCGUUUCCUCUGUCUUCCUCUGCACCUGGAGAAGGACGUCUGGUGGUGCAAUUGCUACCUCACAGUGUAUCGGCUUUGUCUACGAUUACGUUCCAGUAUCCACUCAAGCUUAUAUCUCCGUCACCAUCCGCUGCUCAGAAGAGUGUCCUAGUCUUCCUCCUUACAUAUGGCGGCGGACUCGUUGGUGGAGACCAAGUCAAUCUGACUAUUGACGUGAAGCAGAAGGCUAGGCUCAGUAUUGUCACACAAGGACAUACGAAGAUCUUCAAAUCACCUACUCGACAAGUCAUUACACGUCAAAGCCUCCACGUGACCAUUCAAGAUGGUGCUGCAGUUUGUUUGCUUCCGGAUCCUGUCCAACCAUUCGAAGGCAGUGUUUAUGAACAGUCUCAGAAGUUCUACGUUACUGAAGGCGGUAGCCUCUGUCUCUUAGAUUGGGUUUCAGCUGGUCGAACAGCUCGUGGGGAAGACUGGGACCUGCGUGCCUGGAGUGGUCGAAAUGAAGUCUGGUCAGCACCGCAAUCAAAAUGCAAAGCACGGCUUCUACUUCGGGAUAAUGUUAUUCUCGAACGAGAAAGCCUUGAUUCGAGUAUUCAAGAUUUGCGGAAGAAGAUGAACGGCAUGGGAAUAUUUGGGACUCUGGUUCUACGAGGCCCUCUGGUGGAGACUCUGGCCGCGUUCUUCAUGUCCGAGUUUGCUGCUUUACCUCGAAUAGGAGCGCGAGACUUCCGGUCGCAAGAUCGAAAGCAGAAAGAUGACCAAAUUGGCAUCUCGCGGGAGGAAGCUUGGAGAUACUCACGUCUGAACCAAGAGAAGGAAGAUGGAGUGUUAUGGUCAGCUGCCAAGGUUCGCGGGUGUAUUGUCGUCAAAUUUGGUGCUCGUACAGUGGAAGGAGGACGAAAUUGGAUUGGAAGUAUGCUAAAGGAAGACGGCUCGAUAUUGUCCAAUUUCGGCGAAGAUGCCGCCAUGUGUGUUCGCUGAUACGAGGAG